CAAUAUUCCAUUUAUUUAAAAAUUGUAUCGUUGCAGCUAUUACCCUUGAUGACAUGAAAUGUAUGUGUGGUUUGUUAGAUGGAGCUAAUACCGUAAAUCAAUUACCACCAGGAUGCAAAACAGCAGUCGUAACCGUAGGCAAUGCAGAUAAUACAUGUGAAAAUAUAGCUGCUAUAAGAAAAGCGAAUGUAAAUAUACCAAUAAUGUUAAUUUAUGAUUUUCUUUUUCUUGACGAUUGGGUGUAUUAUUUAACAAAUGAUUCAAACGCUAUCGCUAACCAUAUUCAAAGCUUAAAAGUUGAUGCAGUUGCCUUGGAAAACACAUAUAAUAAAACAGAGAAAGUUCCAGAUGGAAAUUUUACGAACCUUUUGGUAAAAUCGCUCCAGGAAUUUAAAUGUGCGUUACCUACUAUGAUGUUUGGUAUUGUUCUGCCUGCAAAAGCAAAUAUCAGUUUUAACAGUUAUAAUCUCACAUAUCUAAAUAAUCAUGUUGACUUCUACUUACUUAAAGAUACGGCACCUCAUGAUUGUAUAUACAAGGACCAUCAAAAAGAUAUGAACAUUGUGUGGCUGCCAAAUGAUAUAGUAAUAGAAAUCGAGGACUUAAAAGAAGGAGGAUUGGAAACAAGUAAAUUAAUAUAUGAAAUACGUCUUAAAGUACUCAGUAUUCUAGAUACUUUUUAUGGACUUCGCCCUGCUGAUUUCGGUUAUUCCCGUCUAUGUUCUGUUCAUUUGGAUAAAGAUCGGAGAUAUUGUAUUGAAACAAUAAAGAACAUGUUUGAGAAAGCCAGAAUACGAAUUAAUAUGAAUUUGCUUGGAGUAUUGGUUUUAGACCUUGAAGAUGAUGACUAUGAGGGAAAAUGUGAUUGUACUGUGGGGGCUGCUACUUCACCAAAUUUUCCACUGUUAAAUAUUGUAGCGGAAGCUAGUCAAGAAAAUACGACGAAUGUAGAUCAUUACAAUUGUAAAAAUGGAAAUUUCCCGAAAAUUCAUAAAUAAUGAUAGUUAUUGAUGGAUAAAUUUAUGAUUCUUAAGUAAAAUAUUAUACACUAUCCGUUAUA